CGAUGGCACUGACCUGCAAGGGCACGGUCAGAUUGCCUCUCAUUUGCUCCUAAUGAGGUAAACCAUUGUAAACAAAACAACUUUCCCACUUAGAAGUAGAUUCUCGGUGCAUUCCUGCACCAAUCCGAAUGCAAUCUCCUUCUGCUGCUUCAACUGUAAACCCACUUCAGCAGCAAGAAGUGAAAGCUUCUAAUUCAUUGAUCUGUUGCUGUUGAUCGCGCGAACCAGCCGAAUGUCGGUUAAUUGGUAACAAGGUUAAUAGUAUGCCAUUUCUCGGUUAAUUGCUGUUUUUUGCCUGUUGGUUAACACAAAAAACAACAACAUAAGCAUGUCUGGUUGGGCGCCAUGCUUUGCGGAGGAAUUUCGGUGAUUUUUUUCUACGUCUUACCAGUUACGGUGCUAAGUGGCCAUCGAGUUGAUGUAGAUAAAGUUGAAGGUUUGGUGAGACAAUGGGCGCCUCUGGUUUGGUUAUCGCCCGAGGAAAAAUUCAUGCCAUCGAACGUGGAAGAAUUCCUGGUUAACACCAAUAUUGCUGAUGAACAUGGCAGUGUUUUGACUGGGAGCAAAAGCCCUGCAAGGUUUUUCCAGUACAAUUCCAAGAAGGUUUUUCUGGUUCCUAAAAGAUCUUUGGACAGCCUGAAGGAGAACUAUACGUCGUUCCUGUAUGGGAAAAGCCCCAAGUCCUAUCCUCCAGUUCCUAUUUAUGCUGUAGUCACCUAUUGCUCCAAUCCAGCUUCCUCAGAGUUUCCCCCCGAUUUAUUACCAACUUUUCACGUCACUUACUGGAUGUUCUAUCCGUUCAACGAGGGAAAAGACUCAUGCUUUUUAGGCAAAGUUCCAGCUCCUUUAAUCUUCAGCAAAUGCUUCGGUCAUUAUCGGAAACUGGGCAACCACUUUGGCGACUGGGAGCACAUGAGUUUGUCUUUUUCUGGGCACCCCUAUCCAGAUCAGCUCUUUUUGUCAGUCCACGAUGCUGGCGCUUAUUACGCCUACCAAAGGAACACCAACACCUUCAGAUUUCAGGCGAAAAUGGAACGGAAGGGAGUCGCCCAAGUCCCAAGUUAUCCAGAAUUUAUCCGACUACAAGGUGGGCAUCCAGUUUUAUUUGCAGCCGAAGGCUCUCAUGGAUUAUGGUCCACUCCGGGUGACCACGAGUUCAUCAGAGUGCCAAAAAUAACGGAUAGAACAGGCUUUGGAGCGCCUUGGAAGACAUGGGGGUCGAUAGUAUUUUAUCACAUUGGCCGGUCUGAAAUGCCCGCAUGGAUGAGCUUUAAGGGGAAAUGGGGCAAUCCGAAGACAAAGUGCAUUUUGCUGAAGAAGUUCGGACUUUGCGAGUACACGGAAGGCCCCAGGGGACUGUUGAGAGAAACCAAUGAUUUUUAUUGUUAAGGUGUUAAAUGAGUUUUUGAGG